AUGGAUCAAGAAAUCCCAUAAAAUUAAUAUUAGUAUGAGUGGAACUUUGAUCUCUUAAAAGCAGAGGAAGAGACGCUGAUAGCUAAUCAAGAUCAUUAUUUCUUUGAUACGAACUUUAUGAUUUUCCCAGAUAUCUUGGAUAAGAUCACAAUUGAAUUAAAAAUAAAUCAUGAAGUGAUAUCAUCUUAAGAGUAUCAAAAAGAAAGGAAGAAGUUAUUAUUCACUAUGUUAAAAUAUGACACUGGCUUGGAUAUUUUGAUCAAAUUAUUAUAUAGGCGGGAUUAAUCACCAUUAAAUGGUUAUUACUACUUGAAAACACUUGAUGACAUGGCUCAUAUAAUUUCUGAGAUGCAGAAUGAAUUGCUUAAUUUGGCAAUAAAGUAUAAUCAAUGUUAGAAAUAAGUAUCAAAUCGUAUAGUGAAACUCUUUAACUCAGUUUUAAGUAUAAAAUAUAUUUAAAAUAGAUCGAAAAAGAAAGGAAAUCAGUAAGUUGCCUCCAUCUUCUAUUGCAUAAAAGGAUCUUGAGAAUUUGCAACAGUAAUUCAGCAGAAUCAACGAUAUCAAUUGGGUGUUGAGAAACUUCGAAUUUUAUCAACAGAAUUGGAAAACUAUAUUUGACUUUUUGAAUGCAUCUCAAUAUAAGCUAUUGAAGAAGGUGAUUCUGUGCAGGACAGAAAUACAAUAGAUGUUGUAGGAAGAGACUGAAUAAUAAGUUUUAAGGAUGAUGUCAGAGUUAACAAUAUACCAAUAAGAAUUAAUACUCACUUACAUUCAAUCCACUAAGGAAAUUCAAGAAGCAGACAUCGUAAGAGGGAAGUAUGUUCAACUUUAUCAAGCCAUAUACCUAAUGGAUAGAGAUCCAAAACAAUAGUUUUCUGAUAUUGUCAAACUAAUGAUGUUGUACUAUUUCGAAAUUGAGAAUUGGAAAUUAUUAGUAAUCGAAGAAUUGAUGGAAUUGCAUUAAGAAUAGGAUGCUUAUGAGUUACUAUUAGCAAGUAAAGUAGAUUGGAAUUGUCUAAGCAAUAGUGACAUCAUUAUUAAAUUAUUGAUUGCCUCUAAACGAUCUUUGUAAGCAUAUGUGUAUGUCACAGAAUUAAAGGAUGAGUAAGCUUUGAGAUAUUUUGUUAUACAGAUGAUCAAUUAGAAGGAUAUUUUGAAUUUGUUGCAGAUAGAGUUUACAUCAGAAUAGGAUAAUAUAGUAAAUGAAAUCAUUAAGAAUUUAGCAGACAAGCAAAUCUUAAUUGAAUUUGUGAAAAAACUAUUGAGAUCAAGGAAGUACUAUCAAGCAAUAGAAUUUUAUAAGAAAUUAAGUUAGGCUCCAUUACAACUUGGGUUGGAAAGAAUUGAAGAAGUAAAUUAGAUUCAAAUAAUAUUAUAGUUAAUUACGAAGAGAAUUGCUCAACUCCCUGAGGUUGAGGAGAAUUACUAUUUGGCAAAGAUGAAAGGGAAUUAAUUGACAGAAGAUGAGUUAUUGAUUGAAGCCAUUUUGGAUAAUCAAGAGAGUGCAAGUGAAUAAAAUAAUUAGGGACAAAGAAUAAUCAAGUAUUUUGUGGAGCAACCAAUAAUGGAUUAUGGGAGAGUGAUUAAUUGUUGUGGAUGGAUUAGAGAGAAUCAUUUAGGCAUAAUAUAUUGA